AAUACCGCAACUCACUUUACUUAACUUUCCACGGAAUUCAAGUUUUUGCUCUUUUCCCGUUUGCCAUUUCCUAUCUUCACAGCGGAAUUUAGGGUUUAGGAAUUUUGAAUAUGAGCUCUACGGGUGGAUCAACGAAAGGAGGGAGAGGGAAACCGAAGGCAUCAAAGUCGGUUUCGAGGUCGCACAAGGCCGGUCUUCAAUUUCCUGUCGGGAGGAUCGCCAGGUUCUUGAAAGCUGGAAAAUAUGCCGAGCGUGUUGGUGCCGGAGCUCCCGUCUAUCUCUCUGCCGUGCUUGAGUACCUUGCUGCUGAGGUUCUAGAACUUGCUGGGAAUGCAGCGAGAGACAACAAAAAGACCCGAAUUGUUCCAAGACACAUCCAACUGGCAGUAAGGAACGAUGAAGAGUUGAGCAAGCUUUUGGGUUCAGUCACUAUUGCAAAUGGAGGUGUUUUACCAAAUAUUCAUCAAACUCUUCUUCCUAAGAAAAUGGGGAAGGAUAAGGGUGAAAUUGGAUCUGCUUCUCAGGAGUUUUAGGCCUUUAGCUUUUUUAAUUUUAAUAUGGAAAAAUGGUAAAUAGUAGAAUAUGCUGUUUAGGGUUUGGGGAUUUUGAUACCGAGCUUUGAAUUUUGGUUUGUAAUCUUUUGAACAAAGCUCUUAUAUAUCAAACUAUUUUGGGCAAAA